AUGGCGCUCGGCUCGGCGACAGAUGAGGUUGAGCCCGGUUCUCACAGCAGCACGUCCUCGAACGAGUCAAUAGAGGAGCGAUGUUUUGCCGCCGCUCUCAUAUGCCUCGAGGGCCACUAUACGGACUCGCCGGCAAUGGGCCCUCAGACCAAUUCCAAGGUCGUCUCAAUGGUAUCACGCACCUUGGAGAAGACCCAUGCGUCCAAAGAAGUCCGAGAAGCUCUCUCAAGAAAUGUCGCCAUAUGGAUAUGGCUCACGAGGAUCUUUGCUGCUGCCAUUCCGAAUCUGACCACGCGCUCUGUCGGUCCCUUAGCAAGCCUGAAUGACCCUGACAAGGGCGUGACCCCUCAAGAGAGUACGGCUCUCAUCGUUAAGAACUACCAAGGCCUCAAGGACGACCUGCAGAUUCUUAACAAACUGAUGCACAUCGCCCGCAACCUUCUUGUGACAACAGAACCCGAAGUACCGCAAGACUUGUGUGCAGCAGUCCACUUCGAUCAAAUGGUAUACCAGACCAUCAUUCUUUGUGUCAACGUUACGAGCAAGGGCUACGACGGCGAGGUCUUGGAUGAGAACUCAAGGCAGAGGCUCAAUGAGAUUACUGAGCUUUACAAGAAGAUACUGGUCACUUCAUUACAACAGGCCCACAACUGGACUGCCAAGAAUGACCGGAACAAGAUGUCAUUCUGGUUUGAUGUGCUGUUCGACGAGGAUGCCGCACUCGAUGACCCCCAAGAUGGACUUGGCGAUGGGCUAGGAUUUCGAGUCGACGUUGCCAAAACGGAGGUCCAGCAUUGGCUGGAACGCAACUCAACGAUGUGUGACACAGCCCGCCGCCUACUGAGGGACUACGCCGAGAACCGCUCUCAAAAGCCCCCUGGUGCACUGGCACCAAUAUCACCUUUGGCCUGGAACUGGCUGCCUCCGGGCUCAGUGAAGGUCAGGGCGGAUGAUCCAGAGGAUAACGACAAGAUCAACCCACAAUGGAAACCCGAGGAGACAGACAAAUUUGAGCAGGACAGGUGUUAUGGGCGCGUGUCCCGAGAGGUCGACAUGUGGUGGAUCAAGGCACGAGACGCAAACUUUGAUGACUGGGUGGUUCCUAUGCCCUCGGUAGAGUUUGCGCAAAAGCGAACCGAGAACUGCAAAGAGAACCUCGUCAACCGGUACGCCCAUCAAUAUCGCGCCGAAGAUCACGAAAGACAAGGGUCGCCACAAGAGGGCGUCCACGAGGCCGACUACCCGGAGGAAGGUGAUCAGCAUGCCCCCGAGGAAUACAGCGAGGAGUACGCGGACGACAUGGUGGAGGACGAGGACGUGGACGAUGACGACUCAUACGGCGAGGGCCCCAUGACCGGUCUCCUUACAGAGGUACCCAACAUACUCGAUCCUAAGCAGAUCGAAGCCCUGCACAUGAUUGUCAAGUCAUGCAUAUUGGACGCAGCCGGCAGCGGUUGGACUAGGGCAGGCGAGAAUCUGCAAAAGACGCGGUGUCGCAUGUUCCUGGCUCUAGACUGCGGGAAGAGCCUUCUACGAGAGAUGCUUGUCUUCAUUGCGGUCUGGGAGAAAGACGAGUCAUCCCUCAUCUUCCAGAUUACGAGUCAAAUCGUGGAAGCCAUUCAUCACAGCGCUCUGAUUCCUUACGCCUGGAACAACCUGAGGAUACCCAAGGACAUUGUGUCACCUGCUCAGACAAUCCUCCUCCGCCUCAUCAACUACAUGUUUCGAGCACGGAUCAAGAACCCACCGGCCGAAGAGAACAAAGAUCAGAUGGUGGCGAUAAGAUUGGUCCACUUCUUUUUCAUCACGUUCAGAAGCCGUAUCGUACCGGAGUGUGUGGCUCUGAUGAACCUUCAGGCGCAGAUUCGGGACAACGCUAUGGAUCCGGCAGAUUUCCCUGUCGAUAACUGGGACAUGGAACGUGCCAAGGAUGGCCUGGUGCAGUUCUUGGAUUUCCUCACCACAGUCUCGGACGACCUAGAGACGCGGAACAAGCUGAUCGAGUGGGAGGCGGCAUACGAUCUUUUGGCCCUCCUGAAGGGCCUCGAGGCUGGCGUGCCGAAGAAGCCCCUCGUUGAUGUGCCCCAUCGCUCACAGCAUCGUCCAGCAGAUCCGGCGGCAUCGACGUCGGUCACCGAGCACUAUGACGCCCACGAUCCUCCUCCCCCUCCCCCGCCCCAUCCGAACAUUAGAGAGACCCCGUCCGCUCACACCUUCCCGUGGGCCGGUGUCAAGGGCCAGAUCUUGCAGAUACUCGCGGCCCUCUUGCAGCCGCCCUCCGGUCGCAGCAGUCCAGGCAACCCGACGGUGCAGGCCCAGGUCGUACGGCACAAUGGCAUAGUGGCCUUGCUGAACUGCUGCACCUACGACGACCACAACCGCUACGCCCGCGAGCGCGUCCAGCUCUGCCUCAAGUGGCUCAUGGACGGCUGCGAGGACGCCAACACCUUCCUGCGCAACCUGGUGCACAACACGCCCGCCCCGCCCAGUGCCGCCGCCCCGGCACAGACUACGAACCUUCGCAUCGACGGCGUGCCCGGCGAGGUGAGGGUGCAGGUGCGUCCAGCUCCGAGCGAGCCGGCAAUGGCCACGCUGAAUAACAAUGGUGUCAGCGGCGCCAGUAACCCCGGCCCUGUCGCUCCGGCACGAGCGAAUAACCCUCCCGUACCGGCCGUCCCCGGCCCGAGCAGCGCCAACGGCGCCCCCCAGCUGGACAACCCACGAAGCAACAUGCGAACCUAUCUACAAGCGCUAGAUUGGGCGCAGGCUCAGAUGCCCCCUAGGAGUCGGACCGACGAGCUCCUGCACGACAUAAUCAACCUGGCAGACGAGGCGGCGCGCCUGGCCCUCGGGGAGAACGGGGAGGAAACGGAAGACGAGGACUUCAUGUACUGCGUCUUGAAGCUUACCGAGCGGCUGAAGAGGGAGGGCAUCGACAUCAACCUACGAGACGCGCUCGGCGUUGAUACGGACCCGAAGUUGAGGAACCUGCGAGGAAAGCUGUGA